AUGACGUCGCUGUGGUCUUCUCACGCUGGCGUCAACUAUGACGAACUUUUGGAGGAAAUGCCGCGUCCUAUUCGCGUUGCUUGUGUGCUAUACGCGUCCAAAGAGCCGUUGGAUUGGUUCGUCAUGAAGAGUGUCGUCACGGAAGGAAGCAUCGUUCGAGCCAUGUACUUUGUCACAAAUGGGCAUUUAAACAUGCAGAGCAACUCGCUGUUGGAUCGACCGGUUGGAUUAGGCGCUGGCAGCUACUUCGGGGAGCGUGGGCUGCUUGGAUCUUCUAUCAGUGUGUAUACUGUGCGAACGGUGCGAGCCAGCAUGGAUUUUCUUGGUUAG